AUGGAGGGUUCUAACAGUGAUCGCCUUGAUUUUGGGAAGAUGGGUUAUGGGUGCAAGCAUUAUAGGAGAAGAUGCAAGAUCAGAGCUCCCUGUUGCAACGAAGUCUUUGAUUGUCGUCAUUGUCACAAUGAAUCCAUGAGUAUGUUAAGGAAUGUCUUCGACCGGCAUGAACUAGUCAGAUAUGAUGUUAAACAAGUUAUAUGUUCAGUUUGUGACACAGAACAGCCUGUUGCCCAUGUUUGUACCAACUGUGGUGUGAGGAUGGGAGAGUACUUUUGUGAAGUGUGCAAGUUUUAUGAUGAUGAUGUUGAUAAAGAACACUUUCAUUGUGACGAUUGCGGAAUCUGCAGAGUUGGUGGUAGAGAGAACUAUUUCCAUUGCGAAAAAUGUGGAUCUUGCUAUUCGGUGAAUCUUCUUGACAAUCAUUUGUGUGUAGAGAAUUCAAUGAGGCAUCAUUGUCCCAUAUGCUAUGAGUACUUGUUCGACUCUUUGAAAGACACAACAGUUAUGAAAUGCGGGCACACCAUGCACUGCGAGUGCUACCAUGAGAUGGUCAAGCGUGACAAGUAUUGUUGUCCAAUAUGCUCCAGAUCAAUAAUUGACAUGUCCAAAAUAUGGAAGAGAUUAGAUGAGGAGAUUGAAGAAACAGUCAUGCCAGAGGAUUAUAGAAAUAAGAAGGUGUGGAUUUUGUGUAAUGACUGCAACGACACAACUGAAGUUUUUUUCCAUAUAAUCGGACAGAAAUGUUUUCAUUGUCAGUCCUACAAUACUCGUAUGAUCGCGCCUCCUGUUCUUCCUCAAUGA